GGCAGCAAAUUUCAUGUUCUACUUUCUCACAAUUCUUACAAUUCAAAAUCGAAAACAUUUCAGGUUGUGGUUGUGGUGGACAACACAUUCCUGUCGGCGUAUUUACAGAGACCACUUGAAUUGGGCGCAGACGUUGUCAUGUACUCCUUGACUAAAUAUAUGAAUGGCCACUCCGAUGUCAUUAUGGGAGCUGCAGUCAUGAAUGACGAAGCCCUAUAUGAGAAGCUCAAAUUUCUUCAGAACGCUGCCGGCAUCGUUCCAUCGCCAUUCGAUUGCUACUUAGUGAACCGCAGCUUGAAGACGCUAGCCAUUCGCAUGGAAAGGCACAAAUCCAACUCCCUGGCCAUCGCAAAAUACCUAGAAACCAAUCCUAAAGUGGAACGUGUGCUGCACCCCGGUCUACUAUCUCACCCUCAGCAUGAACUUGCAAAGAGACAAUGCUACGGACACAGUGGCAUUAUGUCAUUCUAUUUGAAAGGUGGUCUGAAUGAAUCGACGGUGUUCCUGCAAUCGUUGGAAGUGUUCACACUGGCGGAAAGUCUCGGAGGGUACGAAAGUCUCGCCGAAGUGCCUUCAGUCAUGACGCAUGCAUCCGUACCGGCAGAGCAGCGCGCAGAGUUGGGCAUUACGGAUAACUUGAUCAGAAUUUCAGUUGGUUUGGAAGACGCAGACGAUCUGAUCGUGGAUCUGAAACAAGCCCUCGAGAAAGUUUAAGUUUUUAAAAUAUAUUUGUUGAAUUUAAAACAAAAAUAAAAAAAAACCUUUAAAAGGCUAAUCA